AUGGAGCGCAUUUACAAGACAAGAAGCAGCCAUCUCUUUAGCAACACUAUUCUUGUAGGGUUCAUCACAUUCAAACCUGUAAUAUUCGUCGAGUGGCCCGAAUCGAAAUCUCGCCCAACAAGCCCGGCCGCCCAUCUCCUUAAUAUCCUCAAAAGUGUCGUUGCCUUUCGUCUCGCCCGUCCGCUACCCAUCCUGAUCACCUCCCAAACCACCCUCUCGAUUCCGGCCACCGCCGCCAGCUCAGCCACCACCUCCGACCCUCCUUUCCGGCAAAGGAUCACCAAUGUAGCUGCCGCGCUUUCCCGGGCCCGAUCCGACCCAUCCCUCAGCAGCUUCGCCAGCCUCUCCACUACGUUCCGCACCGCAGCCGCCUCCUCCGGCAGCACGUCCAUCACCUCCCCUGCAACUUCCACCGCCCCUGCCUCCACCAGCCUCCCGGCCCCCUCCCGAUCUCCGGCCAGGUUCAGGAUAGCCAUCAUUGCAUCUCGUCUGGGGCCCGUGGGCCCUGUUUUUGCCAGGUUGAGUAGCGCCAGUGUGGCGGCACGGACCCUCCGGCCGAGGCGGCGCCGGCCGGCGCCACCCGUCAGGCUGAAGAUGGCGGCGGCGGCGUUUCCCUUGGCCUCCCACGUGGCGCCGGAUCUCAGCACGUGGAUAACACCGUCGAUGGCCCCGUCGGUCUCCAGGAUCCGAGCUUUGUUGGAGUCGAGGAUGGAGAGGUUGAGGAUGGUGGUGACGGCGUUUAUCUGGAGGCUCGGGAGUUCUGAACGGAGGCACUUGACGAGGAGCGGCAGGGUUCCGGCCUCGGCGAUGCAGAGACGGCUGUCGGAAUCGGUCUUGGCAAGGACGCGGAGCUCGUGGACGAGACGGUCGGCGGCGGCGGGCGCCGCCGCCGCCGCGAGCUUGUUGACGAGGAAUGAGACGGUCAUCUUGGUAGCCUCCAGAGCAGCUUUGUUGAUAACGGCGCCGUUAGGUUUGACGUUGACCUCCGUUGUCUCGAAAGGGAUCCGCUGGUCCCUGCACCACAUAGCUAUCAAAUUCUUCAAUGCCAAAUUGGGGAUAAGGCGCGUGUCGAGCGAGAUCGGGCAUCGGAAAUCCGCCGGGAAAUUUACCUCCGAAGCCGAUUUCCGCCGCCUGAGGGCGGUGGCGGAGGACGCCCGCGGCGUCGACGCGCCGUACAGAACGCACUUCCCGUACCGGACGAGCCCCAUCAGAGCGAUUAUCUCCACCUUCGAAAGGUCGUCGUUUUGGCUCUGCACUUCCUCCUCGAGAUUCUCGAUCUCGCCGCUGCAGCUCGCCGUGUCGCUCAAAUUCAGCCUCUCGAAAAUCACGCCGAGCUUCGAUUGGUCGGGGACGACCUCCCUCUUGAUGUCCUCCAGCAUUUUCAGCACCUCAAUCCUCAGAUCCUCGUCGCACGCGUCCGCACACGCCGGCGAGCCUCUUGCCGAGCACUGCCUCUUAAUCAAAUCGAGCAAUUCCCCGACGUCCUCGCUCAAUUCCAUCUCCUUCGCCGGGAAAAUGUCUAGGAGCGUCGAUAAUUCCGCCGUCAUCUGCUGA